CGCUCCGGCAGUAACGCGCAAAGAUGCUCUGAAAGCAAGACUGCAGCAUCACCGAGUCACAAAAAACAUCGCAUCUCCUUAAAGCGCUCGUCCAGUCAUCUCUUCUCUGGACUCUAUUCAACACCAUUUACACUUUAAAUCUGCAGGCUUUACCCACCACCUGUAUGAAGGAUCUGAGGAUCACAUUGAACGCUGUUUUUCGCCUCUUUAUUAUUUAUUAUUCGCGUAAGUUACACAUGUUUAGUUCCUAGUCGUUUUAGUUUUGCUGGCCACUGAGGUCCUAUAUUGUUUUCACGAGGAGCUAGCGCCAUCAAAGAGCGCUGCUUGAAAUUAAAAGGGAAUUAAAUCGUUUGAGCCACGAGUGAGGACGCGCGCCCACAUCACUUGUUAUUAAUACAGGCUACGCGCAUCCUAAAUAUAAUCGAGCCACUGGAUAUCGAUGUGUCUUUAAUUUUCCAUCUGCGAAACUGCGAAGACUUGGUGUGGUCUUACGGUGUUUUGACGGAGGAUCGCAACCACAUCGACGCACCUCAAACAUAUCAUCUUGGUUUCAUCUAGAAACGUCGUAUCUUAUCCGUAUCGCGUAUAGGAAAACGUGAUAGCACUUAAAGCUUCUUCAUAAAAAUGAUGGCCGGUGGGGCAGUGCAGCAAAACGGGAUUUUCUCCAAUCCACAUCAUCACAAUCAACAGCCGCACAUGGAGUCUGAUCCCCCCGAUUCCCGCAAAAGACCUCUGGAGACCCCGACGGAGGCCAGCAGCACCAAACGUACAAACACAGGAGAGAGAUGCAACCAAGCGGCCAUCCAUGAUCCACCAUUUUCAUCAGAUUUUGUCGGAUUUCACGAGGAAGGCGAAUAUUUCUUAAAAGUGCUGAUCCCAAGCUACGCCGCGGGUUCCAUAAUUGGCAAAGGUGGUCAGACCAUCGUCCAGCUACAGAAAGAAACAGGGGCCACUAUCAAGCUGUCCAAAUCCAAAGACUUCUACCCAGGAACAACAGAGCGUGUAUGCUUGAUUCAGGGCACCGUAGAGGCACUCAACAGCGUCCACGACUUCAUCGCAGAGAAGGUACGGGAGAUGCCGCAGAGUGCUCAAAAAACAGAGCCGGUCAGCAUACUUCAGCCACAGACCACCGUCAACCCUGACCGUGUCAAACAGGCCAAGCUGAUAGUACCCAACAGCACGGCAGGACUGAUCAUUGGCAAGGGCGGGGCCACCGUCAAGGCUGUCAUGGAGCAGUCUGGUGCCUGGGUGCAGCUCUCACAGAAACCAGAAGGUAUCAACCUGCAGGAGCGUGUGGUCACCAUCAGCGGAGAACCUGAGCAGAACCGUAAAGCGGUGGAGAUCAUCGUGCAGAAGAUCCAGGAGGAUCCACAGAGCAGCAGCUGUCUGAACAUCAGUUACUCCAACAUCUCUGGCCCAGUGGCCAACUCCAACCCCACCGGUUCCCCAUAUGCCAACUCGGCCGAGGUGAUGCCAGCUGCUGCCGCUGCGGCGGCAGCCACAGCCUCUAGUCUCCUGGGGCAGGCCAGUCUGGCUGGAGUGGGUGCUUUCCCUACCACCAUGUCCAGCUUCUCAGGGAAUGACCUGCUGGCUAUCACGUCCGCACUGAAUACGUUAGCCAGCUAUGGAUACAAUACCAACUCCCUGGGUCUGGGGCUCAACCCUGCGGCCGCCUCAGGGGUUCUUGCCGCUGUGGCUGCGAGUGCUAACCCGGCUGCAGCUGCAGCCGCCAACCUGCUAGCCUCCUACGCUAAUGACGCAUCCACCAGCGCUGGCCACCCAGCAGCCAGUCUAGGAGGCUUCACGUUAGGAUCGCUAGCCGCUGCCACUGGAGCCACCAAUGGCUAUCUGAGUGCUGCUUCCCCACUGGUUGCAAGCUCUCUCUUGGCCACUGAGAAGCUAACCGAAGGGGCCAAAGAUGUUGUGGAAAUUGCAGUGCCAGAGAACUUGGUGGGUGCCAUUUUGGGGAAGGGAGGCAAAACGCUUGUGGAGUACCAAGAACUGACAGGAGCCCGCAUUCAGAUCUCCAAAAAGGGAGAGUUUGUUCCCGGCACCAGAAACCGUAAAGUUACCAUAACCGGAUCGCCAGCCGCCACACAGGCAGCACAAUAUCUUAUCAGCCAGCGAAUUACAUACGAGCAGGGUGUGAGGGCCACCAAUCCGCAGAAGGUGGGCUAAAACAGGGAGUAUAAAAAAGGAGAGAAAGAGUGGGGGAUGGGGAAGAUACAGAGAAAGAGAUGGAGGGCAUGAAUAAUGAAGAAAAUCAACCACAGGCUUUGUGGAAAUCUCAGUAUUAAAAAAAAAUAAUUGAAGAAAUUCAAGAAAAAAUGUGUAAAAUGUAAAUAUGGGUUUAUUUCUUAAGUUUAAAUCUUUUGGGAUUUUUUUGUUAUUUUUUGUUUGUUUGUUUGUUUUGUUCUGUUUUGUUUUAUUUUUGUCAAUUUUCCGGACAGCAGUGAAUGGCAUUUCAACCUGGCAUGCUGCCGCGCUGCAGUUCUCAGCAGGUGGGCAAGGUGGUAGGAUGGGGAGAAUGGGGUGGAGCAAUCGGAGAUCCAAACUCCCAGGAAUCAGCCCUUUCCCCACCCCCAUCCCCUCCUAGCUGACAGAUUUUUGUUCUUUACUUUUAGCCCUAAGAUCAAUUCUCAAACCUUUGGCCCAUGCCCCCUUUCUAUGUGGGUUUGGGACUGAAAAUUACCCCUACCCAAUUCUGUGACACCCCAUAACCCACCCUUGCCCCAGCCCUCCCAAUUCCAGCCAGCCCAACCCUGCCUUGAAAGAUGGGGCAGGAUAGGGCAAGGGAUGCGAGGCUGCUCUAGGGUCCCUCAGCGCCACUAGACAUUGACCUGGGGUACCAGUUUGACCAGGCGCAUGCCACGCGAUGCUACUUGCUACUACAGAGUUAGCAUAAGGGAAGCUUGUAGGUGAUGUUGCGGACAUAGACCAGGAUGCACAUUGCACCUGCUUUGGUCAGAAUCUAUAGUACCAGAGCUCCUUCAGAUUGAGGCAUUUUCUCUAUGGGAUUUGAAGUCUAGUGUUUAUACAGAUACUAUCUUAUCAUUAUUCUUACUACUACUAUUAUUAUUAUUAUUACAAAUUAUCAUCACCAUCAGCGUUAUUUAUUAAUAUGAUUUCACCCAUAAGGACUGAGGUAUCUUUUUUUGUUUUUCUUAAUCUGUGAAUUCAGGUUGACAUGAAUGUAAAGACAAUUUUUUGGAUUUCGUUUUUUAUUUAAGUAGAUUGAAUCGUGUGUCCAUGUAAUAUAUGUCUUAUUUAACGUCCAGUGAUAACUGCACCGUCGGCACCAAUACAGUUAAAAACCUUACACAUACAGUACACUCCAAGCAAACGAUUACCACGUAAAGUGCAACUAAACAUAAGCAGACUUGAAAUCACAAUGGGACUAGAUGAUUUAUUCACUUAUCCUGUAAAUGAGAAUGUAGGUCUUUGCACAAGUCCAAAGGAGCUACUAAAUUAUUAUUAUACUGAAUAUAAUGUUUGCCACAGACACCCCUUCCUUUGUAAUGUCCCCUUCUCUUCAGAUUUGCAAUGCUAAAGCCAUUGUGCAGUUAAAGACACUGCAGUUCAAUGUCUGCACAGUUAUUGGCAAAUUUGCAUAGAUAACAAUUAUGAACGCAUACUACUGAAAAACUACAGCCACGAACAAAUUCAUGCUCUGAUCAGCACAGGCUAGUUAGUAAUAUGGUGUGCCCUAGAAAUCCUCUUUUUGGUUGCAACACCAUUUAUCCAGGUUGUCUGCUUGAUUGUGGCUAAUAUGAAUCACAAUGACUGAUGUUUACCACCUAUUUACCUACUUUCUUUGAAACUGAGCGGGCGGCCCAUGUGGAAAAACUUCCUGUGCAGAUCAGAACUAUCCAUGUGCGACGUAUGUGCUGCUAAUAAGAUCAUACUUUGUUUUGUGUUGUUUUUUUCUGAGUACACUGAAUUUUGUCUUAAUGCACUGUGAAGUGUGGAGGCCGUGAUGGAGGGCCAAACAAAGUCAGGGUUUUGUAUUAUCGCAUAUCGCAUGUAUCACAAUGAUGGAAUGUACUCAUGUGGAACUUCUCAUAUUUAUAUCAACGUCCAUGGAGUCAAUGCAUUGCUUAUUGUAGGUUAGAAGAGAUCAGAGAAUCGGGACUGAAUGGUUGGUAGGCUGAGGUCAGGGUUUUGGGUUCUUCUGGACGUCAUAUUGCAGUAUCCGAUAUUUACGUUUCUAGGUGUGCGCACACCCAAAAAUGGCAAGCUGAGUGUCUAUUUAUUGCAAAGGGGCAGAGGAUGGUAUAUUCUCUAACUUUGUGUCCUCCAAAGCUAUUUUGUCUAAAAGACAAACAUACAUUUUUAAUUACCCCAAACGUUUAAGACCAUUCUGUAAUUUUCCAAGUGCAGAAUUUCAAAACAGAUUGGAUGCCUACUUUAUAAUUCAGACAGCGCUGUGCUCUCUCUCCCCUCACUAAAGUUAUGAUUCUUUCCUCUCCUUUGCUUUUGGAGCACCAGGGAGAGUAAAUCUGAACCAAUUGGUAAGGAGGCUUCUUUAUUUUCAUCAAAAAACCAUCACCUCCUCUCACUCUUCUCAACCCCCUUUUACCUUUGUGCACCCCCAUUCUGACACAUCAACCCAGAGACCUUUCUCUCACAUUUCUCCAUGGGUGGCAAUGUCUGGUGUAACAGUGCAUGUGUGCUUGCCCUUUCACAAAACAGUGAUGAUACAAAAGAGAAGAUUUGACUACAGAGUAGAAGGUAGACGCUUUCACAGUCGACCACAUCACACCUGAGUCUGUCAUAUCUGGGCCUCUUUAAAGGGGAAUUUGCACAAAGCCAUCAAUGUGUUUGUAUGGUGAGUGUGUGUAUGUGUGUAUAGCUUGGAGUCUUGAGUUUGGAUAGAAAUGGAUGUGUCCAGGCAGAUAUGGGAACUAUUAGAUGUUGUGUCCAAGGUGGGGAGGUCUAACAAGCGAAGUAAAGAAAGAAAGAACAAUGACUCCAGAUACUAUUAAGCAAGCAAGGGCGAGCUAUAAAGAUCAAGAUGGCAAUCGAGUGCCUCCGCAUUUUAGAGUGCAUCUUUGCGUUCGUUUUUUACCCAUAAUGCAGUACUUCAGAUCGUGGAGAGAGGAAGCAGUCAGAAUUCAAUAUAUAAGUUACUCAUAUAAACACACACAAACAAAAAAGUACUUUUGUAAAACAAGGUUAACAUCACAUUUAAGUUGAUUAACACUAAAGAACAAGAUAUUACUGUGACAAUUCAAUGUGAAAACUAAAAAAGGUGCCAACGUAGUGUCAAGGAGCAGCUUUCUGUUUCUGUUUGGGUUUUGUAUUCAGUACUAAAAGUACAUAUUGGGGGGAUCUCUGUUUUUAUUUGUUAGUAACUGGAAAAAAAAUAGAUCAAAUGUGAUGAGUACUGAAAGCAAUAUACGUAGUAGCAUGUCGUCAUGUCUUGUCAUUUCGUUCUGUCUGUGUAGGAGCUUUGGAUUUACCUAGAUGUUGAGUAGAUUUGCAUAUACUAUUUUUUAAGUUGUGAAGAUGCUGCUAUUGAAUAAGUGAUGUACUAAAAUUUAAGAUAUAAAACAUAUCUGGUCAGUCAUUUAGCAGGACGUGGUAGAGGUGUAACUAAAUGCUACAUUGGUAAGAAAAUAAUUGUUUUAUCACUGGAUUAAAUAAACCUGUGCCAAAAUAGAUCUUUACAGAUGUAAAUGUGAUUUAAAUACCAUUAGUUAUAAGAAGACAUACUUUUGUAAUGGGAAAAAAAAUGUGAAAAGUGCCAAACAAGUUGGGUUAUAACUACGGGGGUAAAAGUAACUUGCAAAAGCAAAAAAUAGACAUUAGCACUAUAAGCUUGAGAGUUUUCUGCCCCCUUAAUAACUAGUCCUCGUGAAAAAGAAUAGGGUGGGAUUCAUAUGUUAGGCCAAACAAAAGCAGGGUGCCAUGUGGCCAAUAACACACAUCCCUGGGGCUAGAAGACUGCCGAGUUAGCUUAGCAUGGUUAAACUUUUAUAAGUUAUCAGCAUUCUUAAGUCAGCCUUUUAUAGUUCUGAAAAUGUAUUUUGUGAAGAUAGAUGUUAUCUUUUUUGCACGUUGAUAUUGCAUGACACCAAGUGAAGCGUGGAUUUAAAUAAUGAAGCUACAAAAACAUACAAAAAGAACAAAAAAAUAAACAAUUAGGCAAUGUGCAUUCAUUUUUAACGACAAAUCUUUGCAUGUCAACAACAGUUAGAGCUAUUAAAUUAGCUUUUUGACAUUUUUAACUUUUUUAGUUUUGCUAAGACCAAGCUGGAAGAUUUCGUUGCUAGGCCACAGAAACCAACGUCAUUCAGAAUCAUAAUCAUAUUCAGCGUCAUAUUUACAAUACUCAUUUUGUACAAGUUAUCAACAUAUUGUGAUAUUUUUGUUAUAAAGGGAAGCUGGGAAUAAAAGGUUAAUUUAUAGGAGAAUCAGCGAACAUUACAACAGUUCAUGCUCGUGAAUGUACUCACCGCUACAUAAGUUUGCAUAUCACUCUGUCGAGGCUCGUGUUUGCUGUAAAUUGUGUGUCAAUACUAACAUCAUUAGGCUAUAUUACACCCUUGUGUUGUUUAGCUUGUUCUGCCAUCUCUGCACAUUAAGCUUGAUUCAUAAUAUGCACUUUAUACUUUUAUUUCAUGCCACCCCAGUAAAACAGCCCUAUUUCCAUAUGAGAGCAAUGCAGUGGCACUGCUUAACCACUUGAAUCCUUUACCUCACAUCUCCACCAAUAAAGAAAUAGCAGAACUAUUACAACAGGCAGAGAUAAGGCACUACAAAUAAAUCGCUGGGUUUCUUUGUUUGCAUAAGAAAAAUGGCCAGAUUAUCGGUGCUGACCAAAAAUAGCAGAAUAGUUUUAUGAGCUGCAAAAUUUGGAAAUGUUAUUUUGUUAGUGUUUUUUUGCUAAUAAUAACAACAAGUGCCAAAAUAGGCAUUUUCUUUAGGGCCAUGCUGAGAUAUCAACAGCAAAAUUUGCUUUUUAACUAUAUCAGGCAUAUUUUUGUGCAUAAAAAGGUGACUUAGCUCUGUUGCUCAGUUGAAAUAAGGGAUAUUUGUGUUUUUUGUGCAUGCUUUGAGGAGUUUUUUUUGUGUUUGUGACAUGCUGUGUAACUCAUGUCAGUGCGCCCAUACAAGCACGGCUGAUAUUUUCUUUCCCAGAUUACUGGGUUCAGCAGCUUGUCACAUGCAGUCGAGUCAAAAAAACCCGCAAACUUAUGGUUUUGCUGAUGUUUAGAAGGUCAUUGCUUUCAGGUGGGCACAUGGCUAGAGCUUCUUGCUCUUCUAAAACCCCACAUACCCCUAGUCCAACCCCACCCCAACUUCGCCCCACCAUAAGAAGAUAAAAAACCUGGGGUCUUUUUAAGCUUGUACCCAUCGAAGCACCAGCAAUGUUAGAAUACAUUUGUCAUAUCACUGUUUUGUUCUCUCUUUUUUAUUUUCCUGUUUUUAUUUGUAUGACACUCUAACCUAGACCAAGUAUAACAAAUGUCAUUCAUAUGUAUCCUGUUUACUCUCCCUUUUUCUCCCUUUUGCACUUUUCACUGCUCCCCUUUUUUCCAACCACUCCCCACUCUUCUGCCGACCUCCCCCUCACACCCUCCCAGACUUUCUCCUGAGUGCCAAACAAAAACAGUACCAUUCCAAACUUUUGAGUUCUCUUGUAUGUUGGACAUCCAUCGGAAGCACCCAUGAAGCCAGCAUGUUUCUCCAUAACAUGAUGUCAGUCAUGACGCCUCAACAUUACCCAAAAAGCAAGCAGUAAAAGCGAGACCUGGAUUAACACGGUAAAAAGGCUGGCUACCUCUCAUAAACUGCUUUUCCUAAUUCUCUGUCAUCUCUUCAACCUCCAGGACAUCACUGAUUAUGUGCCAUAAUGUCGGGGGGACUGUCACUCUCCUCACCCCCCCAAGUCUCUUCAUUUGAUUUUUCGAUGGAAAACAUUAAACGCAAAGAAUGAGAAAUCCAUUUAAAUGGCAGGUUUUGUUUCUUUAACAUAAAAACAUGCUGAGGAGUGUAAACGUCAGCUGUGCAGCCAUCUUCUGUCUUCUGAACUUUGAACUUCUCACCCCUCAUGAACUUUAUUGACCUUCUUCCUACCCUUCUAUGUUCAUCAACCGUUUGGACUUAAAAUCUCCAUUCCAUCUCCAAACCUUUUUGAGACUGUGCAAUUCUAGUUGAGAUGAUUGGAUUUAUUUCAUUUUUUUUAAGUCAUCAUUGGGGACGAUUCUCAGAGAUAAAAAAAAAAGAAAAUAAAAAACAAACAAAAAAUAUCAAUAAGAUCCAAACUGUUUCUCCACAAUUUCAUUAUUUUCUCUCAUUGUAAAUAUUUGUCAGAUUUUGUUGAACUGUAACCAGAAACGUGUUCAACACAAUGGGGCUGGCAGCAUAAAAUCGGUUUUGUGGAGUGCCCAAUGCGAGCCAGUGACGGGCAUUUGGAUUUUGGGGAGCCUACAUCUUUAAGCCAAACUAAAGCACCUCCUGUUAGGGGUUCUUUAGUAUAUGAAACAACGCACAAAAGUAAAUCAAUAGAAAUGGGCGUCAAUGCAGCACAAUUUGUUGUUACACUGGAAGAGAUUGAUUUAGAAAUAAGUAAUGUGUUCCUGCAUAUGUAAAAUGUUAAUGAGAAUUAAAUCUGGUUAAAGAUACAUCACGGAGCCACAUACAAAGUAUUGCGAUUGUAAGGUGAUCACGAGGAAUGUUAAUUCCCAUCAAACCAUUUACGGCCAUCAAAAUACAUAAUCACUACUAACCAUUAAGAUAGACAAUUAGAGUAAGUUUCAUACUUGAACUGAUGGUAGUUGCUAAUCUCAUUGUACAUAUCAGAUGUGUCGAGUGUAAAUUGUGAUACGUGUUGACUAGAUGUCUUGAUCAUUGCAUCUGUUCAUAAGAUCAUAGAUGAAAAUGUUUCUCUGUGAUUAAGAAAGAUCGAUCAUUCUCAUACGUCUCAACCAUGCUUUGAGCUCCACAUCUAAUGUUUCUAUGCUGCCAGCUUUAUUUUCUGAUAACCCUUCAUGAGCUUAUUUAUUUUCAAACUACUAUACACUAUUAAUAAAUGGCAUCAAGAACUAGAAAAAGGGAUUGACUGGAAAGAUGAAAUACUGUUUUGUUUUUAGUAUUUUAGUGGUUUCUUUUAACGUCAUCCAUUAACUGACUUAAAAAGUAUUAAAUAUUUAAUGUAACUGUAGCAUUGUGUUUGUAAAAAAAUAGUGAGUUGUGUUUCUUGACUUGUGGAUUACCAGUGAAGUCAGCAAUUUAGUGCUAAUAUCUAUUAAGUCAUUUAUUUCUUUUUCUUUUUUAUUUAAGGGUUAUUAUUUUUUCCGACAGCAACAGCAGUCAUUAUAAAUGUUCAUUUUACCAUCACCUGUCUUCUGUUGUCUUAUUCUUCACCUCCCACUACACUCAGUUUCAUCAAAUAACACAUUGCAAGUUCGUGCCUGAAAUCAUGUGCUCGGUCUUGGGGAGGGGCCAUGCUGGGUGAGUGAUGCGUGUGUGAUGCGAACGAAUGCGACUGCUGAGACAAGCUUGGGCGGUUGGGUGUUAUGUCCUCUGUCCACCAAAGCUAAAACCUGUUGUGUUUCCAUUUACCAAUGGAACCUGCUAAUGUUAUAGUUCAAACCCAUCAUGUAAGCCUAGUUGAUGGUCCAUAACUUCCCCCCGUUCCCAACCACUUUUCACCACUACCUCCCCUUCCCCUUAUGAGCCAUUCCUUCGCCACGCACCCCCACACCAUGUGAUGUUUUUCAUAAUAACGUACUACUUGACCAGACCCACAUUAACUCUGUUGUCAUGCCUGCAGAGGAGGCGGUUGCCAGUCAACUCACCCUCCGCUCAUGAUUCGCCACCAUCCCUUACGUAAUGGCUGCCGGGGCCGCGCCCACUCUAAAUAUGAAUAAUUUUGUAAAAAAUGAAAAGAGUAAAAAACAUUCAAGUGACUCUCAGGGUGUUUACGUAAUCUACCUUAUUCUGUGACUUCACAGAGCCGUGAUCCAGCUCUCCCUCCUCAAGCUAUUUAAUAAGCCCAAAGACAUUAUACCAUGUACGAUUACUUAUCAAGUCUUCGAAAAACAAAGAAUGAUAUGCACCCAAUUAUAGAACCAAGCAAAAUGCUGUAAUGUUUACAACUUUAAUGAGACCAACGCUGUUGAAAGAAUGUGUAGGAGUUGAAAGACAAAUCUUUAAUAAUGCGUAAUUUCACACUGAGUUCAUUUAAUGGUAAUUUCUAUGUGACAUGAAGUUAUGUGUUAAUGAGGCAUUUUUGAAACAUUGCAUGUUACUAUUUUUUGCAAUGAAUUACAUUUUUUUUUAAAUGUCAGUAUGGCUGGUACAGUGUAAACUUCGAACUACAUUUGGUUGCUAAUAAUAAAAAUACAUUGAUGUCA